AUUCCGAAUCUGUCAAUAUCUUUCUAACUUUACCUAACCAGGAAGAGAAGCGAUUCCUGUCUUUGUCCCACAGUGGUGGAAUUUGCAGUUGUAAAUAGCAGCAAAAACGAUAAUGCAAUAACAAGCAUCAGUAAAUAAAUAAAUACAAAAAUGAAUAUGAAUACAGUAUCAAGUAAGAAACUGGUUCGAAGGAUAUUUGGCCCUCUGUAAUUGGAAAGCAUAAUAAUGGAAAGUGUGAAUUUUGUGAAGAAGUUUCAUUGUUUUGUCAGAAGUAUGAUUCAGCGAGAGAAGUUUUAAAUAAUGGACUAAAAGCGAGGAAACCUCUUCAAGAAUAUUUAGGGUCAACAAGAAUAAUAUUGCUAAUAUUUUUGUGUUUGUUUGUUUCAUUCGUUUAUUUUUGUUUGUUUAAUUAUUUAGUUUUCUUUCUUGUUUUUUUGCUGUUAUCGGAUGAGAGAGAGGGUAGGUCCUUAGUCCACACUCCAGAUAAGUGGGCGGCAGUAAUGCAGCCGAAAGCUGUUUGCCAACCGCCAGGAAAAAUAAAAGAAGAAGAAGUCAGUAUCGAGCGAUUUGGUUGGCUCCUCCUGUCAGCCAACGAAGGAAGCUCUUGUACGCAUGUCCUUCUACCUCCAUCUUCGUCGGGAGGUGAGACUGAGACGAGAGUACCUGUAUAGAAAGGCACAAGAGGACCGGCUCCGAACAAUUGAGGAGAAGAAACAGAAGCUGAAGGGCGCGCUUGAAGAAAAUCGUCUCCUUCCAACCGAGGUACGCAAAGAUGCUCUGCAGUUGCAGAAGCUACUGGAGUACGACGAUGAAGGGGCCGAAGGUGUCAGCUCCCACAUGGACGAUGAGUAUAAAUGGGCAGGAGUUGAAGAUCCUAAAGUCAUGGUCACCACAUCCAGAGACCCCAGCUCCAGACUCAAGAUGUUUUCCAAGGAGGCAAAGCUGAUGUUCCCUGGAGCCCAGCGCAUGAACAGAGGAAACCACGAGAUCAACGCGCUGGUGAGAGCCUGUAAAGCCAACAACGUCACAGACCUCGUCAUCGUGCAUGAAACCAGAGGACAGCCAGACGGCCUGGUGGUGUGCCACUUGCCGUUCGGACCCACGGCUUACUUCACGCUGUACAACGUAGUGAUGAGGCACGAUGUCCCAGACAUAGGCACCAUGUCGGAGGCCUACCCCCACCUCAUCUUUCACAACUUCUCCUCACGACUCGGCAGUAGGGUUUCAAAUAUCCUCAAGUAUCUGUUUCCAGUGCCGAAGGAGGACAGUAGGCGUGUCAUUACAUUCGCCAACCAGGAGGACUUCAUCUCUUUCAGGCAUCACACCUACAAGAAAACGGAUCACAAGAACAUCGAGCUGACAGAAGUGGGACCCAGGUUUGAGAUGAAAUUGUAUAUGAUCAAACUCGGCACCCUGGAGAAUGAGAGCACCGCGGAUGUGGAGUGGCGUCACCAUGCAUACACACACACAGCCAAGAAGAGGAGGUUCCUCAGUGUGCAAUAGGAACUAAUAAAGCAGAACAAACUGUUGUCAAAAAAUGCUUUUUGGACUGUUUUUUUUUUUUUUUUUUUUUUUAAAUGUGGAGUUCAUAAAAUGACGUUUUUGUUUGUUGCGUACCAAAUAUGAUAGAACUAUAAUUUGUUAAAAUAAAGGGUUUACCAUAGUCGAACUGCAUCAAAUCCAUCAUGAGUGAAAGUAGAUUUCAACUAAAUUAGGCCUUUUUUGAUAAAACGAUUGAUUAACAAAGAACUAAUGCAUACUGUUCUGUAUUAAAACUGUUGUGUUGUUUUUUUAAAAUAUAAAAUGCGUAAUGAUCUAUGUUGGCUCAAUGGUGUUUAUACUUAUGUGUGCAAAUAUUUACUGUAAGUGACAACUGCAGGGGAUUGAGCAUCCCCCUAUGUAAUUUCAUCAGUUAGGAUUCAGGUGACACAGGUACUUGUUCUUUCUCACCAAUGGAACUGUAGGGUUGUUUGGAGCUGUGCUGCAAAAACAAGAUCCCACAUUCAUUUGCUGUCUGAACAUACAGUUGUGUUCAUGAAGAACAAAUCAUGGAGCAAAAAAAUGCAGUUAUCUUUAAAUCUGUGUCUCGUAGUACAAAUAAAUGCAGAGUGAUUUGUAUCUGAACAAACGUACGUGCCUCUGAUUCACAACUCGCAUGUCAUUUGUAAAUAAACACAAACGGUUGCAAAACGCUAAAUCCAGUGUCAGAGAUUUAAGAACAAUACAUACUUCACAAUCAUGUAAGACAAAACAAUUGGAGGCUCUUUAUUUCACUCCGAUCAUUUCAUCAGACAACAGCAGGCUCCUCGUGAACCCAGCAGACUGGCCACACUGUAACAUACCUCCUCAGACAAGUCCAUCCCCCACCAACCAGAAAUACCUCUGAUGCACUCAUUGCGCUGCAAAGGGCAUUCAAUCAAACACCCUGAAUUCAGUAAAAGGCACACCAGAUUUCACCCCAAAUAGGCACAAUUGCUUCACACUAAUAGAGCACACUGUUUAAACUGAGCUAGAAAAGGUAUCCUCCUAUACCUAACUUCCCCCCAGUGAUCCCCCGGUCCCACGGAUACAUUACUACUGUAUAACGAUCUAUUAAAAGUCUUC